UUAGAUUUUGGAGUUGAUUCAAUGGAACGUCUGUGUAAAGGAUUACAUUAUGUGAUGUGGAUGCAAGAUAAAGCGCUACUCCAGGAGGAAUUGGCUGAUAACAUAUCGUCAUUGCUGACUGUCUUCCAGAACGAACAGCAAUCUGUUCUAUUCAUCAAGCAAAUGCUUGUGACAGUGUCCGAUCAAUGGGCACAAAUGGAUCGUUGGCGAAUGGAUAAAUUUUUGAUGUUAAUGCGUCGAUUACUUCGUUCGCUGUUCGUUCAUCUUCGUAAGAACGAAUGGAAUCCGACUUUGGUAGAUACUUAUAUGAAGGCGUUUCAAGAGUGCGCCAUAUCGUCAGAUAAGAAGUUUUGCGAAGGUUUGAAGUUUCAUUUUGCGUCGGUGUUCCUUGACGAACUGGACUAUGCUGGUACGUUUGUGGUGUAUUCCAUUGGAUUUUUUAUUUGGUAUUUUGAAAAGUUUGGUGGUUUGGAACCAGGAAGAGUGACGGAACUUCUGCAGCCGUUUGCGAAUCUGCUUGCUGAUAGACAAAUCUCAGGAUAUUUGUUCGAUUCAAUUCUACGAGAGAUAUUCCUGACGAUAUUGCACGAUUAUGCGGAUCAGAAAGCUGCAGCUGCUGAGGCGAGUAACGCCGACGAAGGUGAUGAAGAUGAGGGUAUGGAUGGCGACGAAACGCAGGGCAUGGAACAAGAAGAGGAAGAAAGUGGUGCUGCUAGUGAUAGCAGUCGAAUAAAGGUUGACAUCUUUGCUGGAAAAAUUUGUGGUUUUGUUGAGUAG